UGGGAGCUUCCAGCCAAUGGCGGCGCGAUCCCUGCACUGACAUCAGCGCGCGAGCCCGAGCUCGAGCCCCAGAGCAGCCGCACGCGCUUCGCAGGCCGCGGGCAGAAGAAAAGCCAAAAACAGCGGCGCCAUCUCCAACAAGCGACGGCCGCGCCACUUCCCGCUUUUACAGACUGGCAAGGGAACUGGACAAAUGCACUGGAUGUCUACAGAAAAUGAUGUGUGGAUGAGGAAGAUGGCAGUGGAGUACUUCACCUACCUCAUUGGCCUGUUAUAUUAAGCCCCAGUUAACUCUCACAGAAUGAUGGUCUUCUAUCAAGACGUCAUGUAAAGAGACAGAUCUGCAGAGGUGACAACUGAGAGAAUAUCAACAGUAGUGGAUCUUCAUUGUCUUUCAAGUUAUUUAGUACACUAUCCAGAAGAGGUAAAAGGAUCCUCUUUCUGUUACGUUAUGGAUGAGCAACCUUCACAACAAUUUGGUGGUCAUGUUGCAGUUUCUGCAUUUCCAUCACAGAAGCCCCUGCGUCCUGAUUUGGGCCUCGGUACUCUGGGAAACUUCCAAAUAGAGAAGAAGAUUGGCCGUGGACAAUUUAGCGAAGUGUAUCGAGCAGCAUGUCUCCUAGAUGGGAUGCCUGUAGCUUUGAAGAAAGUUCAGAUAUUUGAAAUGAUGGAUGCCAAAGCUCGUCAAGAUUGCAUCAAAGAAAUAGAUCUCUUAAAGCAACUGAACCAUGCAAAUGUAAUCAAAUAUCUUGCAUCAUUCAUUGAAGACAAUGAGCUAAACAUUGUAUUGGAACUGGCAGAUGCUGGAGAUCUUUCUAGAAUGAUAAAGCAUUUUAAGAAACAAAAGCGGCUGAUUCCAGAGAGAACAAUAUGGAAGUAUUUUGUGCAACUCUGCAGUGCCUUGGAACACAUGCAUUCUCGGCGUGUCAUGCACAGAGAUAUCAAACCUGCUAAUGUGUUCAUUACAGCAACUGGGGUAGUUAAACUGGGAGACCUUGGAUUGGGCAGAUUCUUUAGUUCGAAAACUACAGCAGCACAUUCUUUAGUGGGUACCCCAUACUACAUGUCCCCGGAGAGAAUACAUGAAAAUGGAUACAACUUCAAAUCUGACAUCUGGUCACUAGGUUGUUUGUUAUAUGAGAUGGCUGCACUCCAAAGUCCAUUCUAUGGCGAUAAGAUGAAUUUAUAUUCUCUCUGUAAAAAGAUCGAACAAUGUGAUUAUCCUCCUCUUCCUUCUGACCAUUAUUCUGAAGAGCUUCGACAGUUAGUAAAUAUCUGUAUUAAUCCAGAUCCAGAGAAGAGACCAGAUAUUGCCUAUGUGUAUGAGGUAGCUAAGCGCAUGCAUGCACUUUCUUCAGGAAGCUAAAGUGAAUCGUGCAUCAAAAAGAAGAAAAACCAGAAGAUACGAACAUAAAAAUUCAGUGUUUCUGUAUUCUAGCAUUACUCUGUUAUUGUGUCUAUGGAUAGUUGUACAGAAUUCAGUGGCGUCAUUGGAAUGAAAGCUACACAUACCCAAAGGAAAUGAGUUCUUAAUGACAUGGUUCUAGAUGCUGAACUGCAUUUGUUUUAAUAAUUACAUCCUCUCAGUGGCCUUCUGUGUUUUAAUUCAUAUUUCUGUCCUUACACUUGAUAUUUUAAAAAUAAAAUUGGCAUGCCUGCAGUUUUUUUUACAAUCAUAUAAAAAUCUGUUUCUUGUAGGCCUAUUGGACCAGACAUUACUGUGCCUUGUUACAUAACUCAUGCUGUUAUUUAUAGCAUUUAUUGCAUCUUGUAGCUUUGUGAUAUUUUCUGUUGACCCCAUACUCAGCUGCUUGGUGACAUUGUAUCAAUUCACACCAAGUUUUGGUAUGUUAUGCAAAUCAAUAUUUGGUUUGUAUGGACCAAGUUCUAAAUUGCUUGAAUGUUCCUUGUAAGUCACAACAAUGCUAACCAAAAUACAAUUAAAUGUUCAAAGACA